GUCUUCAACUGCAAGCCUUUAUUUAUUUGGGUGAUAAUUUGAGAGACUAGGUCUUGACAUAUUCAUUCAUUUCAGUAAGCACAAAUGGCCGACAGAACUGACUUCCAGAAGAGGUUAAUGCAAAUUGGAGUUGAUGGCAUGCUAUCAGCAAGUAUAGCACUUGGGCAUCGACUUGGUCUAUUUAAAGCACUAGCAAAGAUCAGCAGUGAGGAAAAGCCGGCUACUGCAGCUCAAGUUGCCCAAGAAAGCGGCUGCAAAGAAAGAUACGUGAAAGAGUGGCUGGCAGUCGUAGGAGUGGGAGACAUCAUCACUGUCACUGAGGAUGAGAAAUUCUACAUCAAGAAGGAAAACGUAGCGGAUCUGACCAACCAGACGUUCAGCAUUCAAUUCAAUUCCUUCCUGCCUGUCUUCAUGAGAGCCUACGAUAAGAUGGCAAAUGUGUUCACAAAAGACGGUCCACUAGGGCUAGCAUAUUCGGACUUUACCGACUUCUAUGACGCUAUGGCUUCGCUGAGUGAGGCACUGCACAAGAAGCAUCUCAUUUCUGGUUUUAUUCCAGCUCUUGGAUCAGGGCUCAGGGAGAGAUUAGAAAAAGGUGGGGUUCAAUGUUUGGAUGUUGGAUGUGGUAAGGGCUUCCACUCUUCUCUCAUGGCCUCUCAUUAUCCAAAAUCUCAUUUUACUGGGAUUGAUAUCACACAUGAAGCAGUUGAAAUGGCUAAACGGCAGAAGAAGAGCGAUGGUCAGAAUUUCGACAACUUAGAUUUUACCCAGAUGAAUGCAGCCAAAAUGGAUGCCAAUUGGUCGAACAAGUUCGAUGUAAUCAUGAUCUUCGAUGCUUGCCAUGACCAAACGAGGCCUGAUCUGUGCCUCAAAGAAAUCUACCGUGUUCUCAAGCCUGGAGGUGUCUUUGGAAUGUUAGAGGUAAAUGGCUCAUCAAACAUAUACAAAGACAAGCAGGAAUUGGGAUUAGUGGCUGGACAGAUGUACGGAUGCUCAAUGUUCCAUUGUUUGCCAGUGAGCAGCAAUUCAGAAGAUGCCUUAUGCCUCGGCGCGAUGUGGGGAAAAGAACGUGCCCAGAAACUGAUCAAGGAAGCUGGGUUCGAGCAAGUCGAUGUUGUGCCUACACCUCAGUUUGCCUUCAACAUCCUCUACGUCUGCAAAAAGGACGACAUCAACUAAAAACUACCUCUUAUACGAGAUGAUUAAAAUAGAAAGAGUGGCCUUAUCUUGUGCUUACUGUUGGUGUGAUUACCACUGUAUUUGUACAUAUUAGCUAUAGUUGCUCCCAAUAAAAGAACUUAUCAUGGUGUACAGAGUUGAGAG